CAUUAGUUGGUGGGCGUGUCUUUUAUCCCGGAAGCGCUGGGAGUAGCUGGAGGCCGCAGGAUGACUAUUCACAACCUGUAUAUAUUUGACCGGAACGGCAUUUGCCUUCACUAUAGUGAAUGGAAUCGGAGAAAGCAGGCUGGGAUCUCCAAAGAUGAGGAGUACAAACUCAUGUACGGGAUGCUCUUCUCUAUCCGAUCGUUCGUCAGCAAGAUGAGCCCAGUCGAUAUGAAAGAUGGCUUCCUCUGCUUCCAGACCAGCAAGUACAAGCUGCAUUAUUAUGAGACGCCGAGCGGCCUGAAGAUGGUUAUGAACACAGAUCUUAGCGUUGGAAGUAUACGGGAAAUCCUGCACCAGAUUUACAGCACGAUUUACGUAGAAUAUGUGGUGAAAAAUUCCCUCUGCUCCCUGAGCGAACCGAUUCAGAGUGAACUUUUCAAAACCAAACUGGACGCGUAUAUCCGCGGCCUUCCUUUCUUCUCUGCCCGGGCCGGCUGAGGACGAGCGCCACCUCUGUAUCUCCCCCACUCGCACCUUCACCACCCCGGACCCGAGCCCAGCGUCUUUGGCUUUCAUCGGUUCUCGGAUCACCAUCAGGUCCUGCGUUCUCCCGGCUCUGCCGGCCCUACGAAGAGAGAUUCCAAACCGCUUUGUCUACUCCCGACCUUCUGAAGAUGUCCGCAUCCAGCGGCAGAUUGUAGAGUUUCUUUGUUUGAUCUCUGUAUGUAGGCAGAGCUGAUGUUCUAAAGGGGAGGAACUACAGAACUGUUCUUUUCUUUUUGAGUCUUAUUUCCCCACCUGGAGCUUGUCCUGCAUAACGUAGAGGGAGAAGGAUGGGUUUCUUUCGUCAUUACCCUUUUUAACUGCAUUAUAUUUGGCCAACCGAGCCCUUCCUGCAGUAGACGAGGGUCGGCCUUUCAUAAUGCAAAGUAAAAUCAGUGUAUUGUUGUACUUAAAGUGUGUUAAACUCUUCCCAUCUUUACCUUUAGACCCGGUUCUUCUGAUGGUCAUGUAUGACCUCAUUGUACAGUGCUGUGGAAUCUGGUGAAUAUAUAAAUAAAAAGAUAAUUUUGAACCAAUACCCUGCUCUAAAGCUGCGAUCUGCCAAUGGUCUCCUGGAAGUAAUCGUACUUGAGAACGCUCUGGAGGUGCUAUAUGAAUUAAUAUGUACCUAAUAAGAUAAUAUAACAUAAUAACAGGUAUCAAGGCCGAUAACCGUAGAUGGCGGUGCUGGGGGGGUAGAAUAAACUCAUACGAAAACAUCCUGAGGGUUGCCUGUUGGGAAGUGUUGCAUGGAUUGCAGAGAGAGGAGUUGUAUCAGUCAUCGCUGGCUAACCUUAUUAAAGGACCAGACUUUGUAAACUUGUAUUGUCCUGUACUAUAUACUGAAUUUCCUGCAGAUGAUAAAAAAAAUAAAGAAAACUAAACGUAAAAGAACAAUUACAACGUUGGUAAAAACUACAACUGUUAGAAACACAAUGCCCCACAUGAGACCUCGUGGCGCAACGGUAGCGCGUCUGACUCCAGAUCAGAAGGUUGCGUGUUCAAAUCACGUCGGGGUCAAAAUUGUGUCCUUUUGCGUGUGACCUAAUAAUUGAUCAUGACAGAAGUAAACAUAUUUUAAAAAGCACCGGGAAUUCUCCUGCACCCUACCCCGACGCGUACAGUAGAGUGGAAUAACAUUACUACCGAUUCUAUUUGGGCUCAACUGCCUUACAUUAGUAAUGUUACGACACUCUACUCCACAUCAUUUUGGAGGAAACUCGAUGAUAUGCUUACUGUACCCUGCUUUGCUAAUUUAUUAAUAAAACAUGACUUUCCUAGAAACAA